GAAGAAUAUGCUUAUGUUACAAGUGAAAAAUUUCGACAAGAAUCUUUGCAAAAAUUCUUGGAUGAAUAUGUUACUUCAAAUCAUCCUGACUAUCAACAUUGCUGUCAUCUACUCAACGAAUAUAUUCAACAAGGUACAAUUGAAUCUCUAUUGAAACUCUAUACAUUGGAAACACCAUUUUAUCGUAAAUUAUUGUUAUCGCCAAGUCCAUUAAAAUUUCCACUUUUAAUGCAUUUAUCAGAUUUAAAACAACGUUAUUAUCAAGGAUAUUCCUAUCGUGGUGUUCAAUUGACUCAAUAUGAAUUAAAUGAAUAUCGUUGGGCAUUGAAAAAUAAAGAUAGUGUUUUAUCAUUGCUUACAUUUGCAUCAACAUCUAUUAAUCGAAAUGUAGCUGAGCAAUUUUCUGCAAAAUCUUCAUUAUCAUCAGAUAAAAUAAGUGUCUUAUUGAUAUUUCAUUUUUCUCAACCAUGUGAUACAGCAAUAAACUUAAGUAAAAUACCUAUAUAUCAACUACCAUGUAUAUCAAAUUUUGAAAAUGAACAAGAAGUAUUAAUUAGUCCACGAACAUUUUUCAAAGUGACAGAUAUUGAAAUUGAUCAACCUUAUGAACAAUAUACGAUUUAUUUGGAGAAUGUGUGCGGAGAACAACAAACUAUGUUGAAAGCAUUAAAAUUCUUCCUUCCAGAUGGCUUGACGAAGAAAACUAGUAAAUGCUUCGUCAUGGAUCAUGUAUUCUGCACUAAUAAUUGAAGUUUUUCCGAGAAUGAAACUAUGUCAAUGAAUAAAAAGAUAUGAGAGAAAUGUAAUACAUGACAAAAAUCAUUGUAAUUUUUGUAUUGUAAAUAAAUUUUCAAAGAAUUAUUCUUUAUGCUUACUCGAAAUCGAUGUGCUUGAAUUUAAAAUUCUUAAUUUUUGAAAUAAAUGAAGAUAUGCUAGGUACAUGAGGAUGUGAGUAUAGACAAUUGUACGGGAAGAUGGUUCUUGGUGGUCGUUGAAAAUACGAGUGUAGAUGUGGAUGAAAAGUAUAUUCUAAUCAAUAAAAGCACCCCACAUCCUACACGUCAUCAAUAUUUAAUCUAGACAAUUGCAACGCUAUGCCUUGACCUGUAUCAUCCAUUAUAUAGUGAUGCAUAGAAGUGUGAAUUCCCUGCAAAUAGGAAUUCACUAUAUCCUAUAUUAAUCGAUACAUUAUUUUAUAAUAGAUCAGUAUCAACGUCGGUUUUUUUUUGUUCUAAAAAUCAUUUGUACAUCAAGAGACUGAAUUAUGCGAUUGCAAUCUCCUAUUAAUAUCUUCAGUGUUUAUUCUUUUAAUUAUCCAAUUUUAUAUUUCUAUUUCCAGAAGCAUAUUUGUUUCUUCUUAUUUUUGUACAAAAAAAUAAAAAAAUCACAUUAGAUUAGAACUUAUGCUAUUCUUUGUUUUAUCUCAAACACAUUAUUUAGUUUACAUUUAUUCAUAGAAUAACUCUUUCUCUAGAUCACACACGCAUACAUAGAAAUUCUUCAAUAGAGAAAAAAAAUCAUUAGCAGAAAAACAUAGAUAUUGAGAAAAAAAUGAACUUGUGUAAAGGCAAACAGUAGACUAUACAGAAAAAAGCUACAUACAAACGUACGUUAAACGAAGAGAAAAAAAAUUGACCAUCGAUCGAAAAUAGAAAAACACAAAAUGUUGUUUUAGGUAUACAAUGAUAAAAUGAGAUUAUUCAUUAGCUUGUAGGUGACUUGAUAAUGUACUAUGAGAUAGUUGUCUUGUAUCAAAACUUUUGAGUCCUUCACAUACAUGAUCAUACUACUAACGAGGGAACACAUCCAACUGUCCAAUCGCUUUUGAGUUCGAACUCA